AAUUCCUGGAGAUCUCGAGGAAAGGUACUCAGCGCCAACUGUUGGUCUUCUCUCUUCUUCGUUUGGCGCUCAUCAGUUUCUGGAUUUCGCCCUAAUGCCGCCCCGCCGGCGUUACGCCUUCAGAGGUGGCGGAGUAACAAUCGAAGAUUUCGAUGAAGAAGACGAACAACACUACUACGAAGAAGAAGCAGACGACACCGAAGAAGAAGAGGAAGAGGAAGAGGAAGACGAAGAAACCGAAGAAGAGGAAGAGGGAGAAGAAGACGAAAGCCAAACCAGGGUAGUACAUACAUCUGUGAUGUCACACACGCCUAUCGUGGUUUCGGAGGACGAGAGUGAAGAGAAAGAGAAGCAGAUAAGGUCACAAGGAGUUUGUUCGACUUCAGGAUCGCAGGUGGAGGAGGAAGAUGCGGCGGCAUGGAAACCUACCGAGGCCGAGGGAACAUCGUGCCUAAUUUGUAUGGAAGUUUGGACCAACGGUGGCGAACAUCAAGUCUGCUGUCUUCCUUGUGGGCACUUGUAUGGAUUUUCUUGCAUCAAGAAGUGGUUAAAGCAGCCGCGUAGUGCAGGAAAGUGUCCCCAAUGCAAUAGGACAUGUGGUCUUAGAGAUGUCCGCAAAAUCUUUGCAUCAAGGAUUGCUGCAGUUGAUGAUGACGCACACAAGAGAAUCUUAUUCCUCGAGGGUAAAUUAAAUUUAUUCGAACAGAAGACUGCUACUUGGAGUAGCAAAGAAGCUCAAUGGAGAAAAAGAGAAGCAGAGCUACGAUCAGAAGUUAAUAAGCUGAAAAGGAAGAUAGCUUAUAUGGAAAUCACGACUAGUGGUGCACUGAGAGAGUCUAACGUGGCUUCUCAAGAGAAAUAUGAACCUGGCCAGAAGAUCUACCAAGAAAAGAAUGGACUGGCACCUUCUUGCAGCUUCAGGCAUCAGGGUGAACGGCUAGUUAAUGGUGGCCGUAUAUUUGACAUAGAUGGUGGUAGGCAGAUUUUGUUAUUGGCACGUAGGCUCUCAGGCGUUGGUGGAACGUUUGUGCUCUCGCAAAUGAGCCUACAUUCUGGUGAGAUUGAUGACAUUAUGCUGCCUCCUACCACUAGAGCAAUAAAGGAUCUUCACAUCUCCCCACACAAUAAUGGGCUUGCAGUUUUCGGCUCUCUAGGAAAAAAAUUAUCAGUUAUAAGCUUGGAGAGCCACAACACUGUCUUAUCUUAUGAUCUACCAGCUGCACCUUGGUCUUGUUCUUGGGAUCGCAACAGCUCUCACCAUAUUUAUGCUGGACUACAGAACGGAAUGGUUUUAAUGUUUGACAUGCGUCAGACCAUGCGACCAUUGGCAUCGUUUACUGGCUUAUCAAGCAAUCCAGUUCAUACUAUCCAUCAUCUCUCUGCUAACUCCACCCCAACUACCGAUGUAUGUUCUCUCUUGUCCGCUUCUUCCAUCGGGCUUUGUCAGUGGAACAUUAAUGGCAGCGAGGGAAGGCCAUCACUGGUUUCUGAAACUGGAAACCCAGGAGUUUGCAUAUCCUCCUCUUAUUGUCCUGGGAGCGAUCAUGUAGUUGCGUCUUAUAGACCGAGAGUUGGAUCUUCUGAUGAUAACGUCUCUACUCAGCCUACGUUGACCCAAACAGGAGCUAACACCAUCGGUGUAGAUGGGUUUCAUGUUUGUCUGAAGAGACGAGGUGUUGAUUCUUGCUAUCAGAAACUUUCAUCCACACAUGCUUCCGUGGAUACCAUCCGUUUGCCAAGAACAGCGAUUAUAGACUUUGGUGAGGGAGGAAAGAAGCAGCUUUUUGCAUCUUGUGAGGAGUCCACUCGCCAGCUCAUCUUGCAAGAUCCUUCGACUUUUACCGUCUCUCAAAGGUUCUCAUUGGCAAGUCAUCAUCCGCUUCAGGACGUGAAGUACGCUAACAUGAAUGGUUACACUCUGGUCGGUCUCUUAACGGAUGAUAGAUUGCAGCUUCUUAGGAACGAAUCUUCAUGAAAAGGAAAAAAGGGAUGAAAAAUAGGUGUUUGGUGAAAAAGCAAAACAUACAUGUAAAGCGGCUAACUUGUCCAUCGUUUGUAUCUAACUUUUGCUCUUAGGUGCAAUCUAAGUAGCCAAUACUUAUAUGUAGACAUGGAUAAAUUGCGGGCAAUGUAGUUGUAAAUACGGAUUGCUUAAUCAUAAGCUUUUUUAUUCA